AUGUAUAUCUUUGACCUCAGGAAAGGCCAUUUCUGGAUUGGACUGAACUGUGACGAAGACUUUCGGUACCAGUGGGAUCACUGUGAGGCUGUUGAUAGUUCAUCCUUUACAUUCUGGAAAGGCAAAGCCAACGAUAAGACAAAACUAUGUGUUUAUGCUAAAAAGGAAAAAUUAACAUGGUUCAGCGAAAAGUGUGACCACAGUGGCUAUCAGUAUCUGUGCCAGAAAGACACGGUCGAAACCUUGACUUCGCCCUCAACGGACAGCAACUCUGAAGAGAAACCAAUUAUCGACUGCGACUUAUACACAACCCCUGCUGCAUCUACCUCAGCACCAACGACAGCAUUCUCCACAACCACCAUGGCAACUACCACCACAACUACUACACUGGCAGCAACUUCUACCACUACAAUCGCACCUACUGUUACAAAACCAACGACUCAAAUUAUACCUAUUUCUACCAACACAAAGUCAACAAUCAAUCCUGCACCAACAGCUACUUCUACCAGGGAAACUGAGUCCAACUACCCCGGCCACUCCAAGUUUCACCAUGGGAACUACUCCAACUACCCCAACCACUGCAAGUAUGACCAGGGCAACUACCCUGGCUACUGCAAGUAUCACCAUGGGAACUACUCCAACUACCCCGGCCACUGCAAGUAUGACCAUGGGAACUACUCCAACUACCCCGGCCACUGCAAGUAUCACCAUGGGAACUACUCCAACUACCCCGGCCACUGCAAGUAUCACCAUGGGAACUACUCCAACUACCCCGGCCACUGCAAGUAUGACCAGGGCAACUACCCCGGCCACUGCAAGUAUCACCAUGGGAACUACUCCAACUACCCCGGCCACUGCAAGUAUCACCAUGGGAACUACUCCAACUACCCCGGCCACUGCAAGUAUCACCAUGGGAACUACUCCAACUACCCCAACCACAGCAAGUAUGACCAGGGCAACUACCCCAUCCACUGCAAGUAUGACCAUGGGAACUACUCCAACUACCCCGGCCACUGCAAGUAUCACCAUGGGAACUACUCCAACUACCCCGGCCACUGCAAGUAUCACCAUGGGAACUACUCCAACUACCCCGGCCACUGCAAGUAUCACCAUGGGAACUACUCCAACUACCCCAGCCACUGCAAGUUUCACCAUGGCAACUACUGCAACUACCCCGGCCACUGCAAGUAUCACCAUGGGAACUACUCCAACUACCCCGGCCACUGCAAGUAUCACCAUGGGAACUACUCCAACUACCCCGGCCACUGCAAGUAUCACCAGGGCAACUACCCCGGCCACUGCAAGUAUGACCAUGGGAACUACUCCAACUACCCCGGCUACUGCAAGUAUUACCAUGGCAACUACUCCAACUACCCCAGCCACUCCAAGUUUCACCAUGGGAACUGCUCCAACUACCCCGGCCACUGCAAGUAUCACCAUGGGAACUACUCCAACUACCCAGGCCACUGCAAGUAUCACCAUGGGAACUACUCCAACUACCCCGGCUACUGCAAGUAUCACCAUGGGAACUACUCCAACUACCCCGGCCACUCCAAGUUUCACCAUGGGAACUACUCCAACUACCCCAACCACUGCAAGUAUGACCAGGGCAACUACCCCAUCCACUGCAAGCAUGACCAUGGGAACUACUCCAACUACCCCAGCCACUGCAAGUAUCACCAUGGGAACUACUCCAACUACCCCGGCUACUGCAAGUAUCACCAUGGGAACUAUUCCAAUUACCCCGACCACUGCAAGUAUGACCAGUGCAACUAUCCUGGCCACUGCAAGUAUCACCAUGGGAACUACUCCAACUACCCCGGCCACUGCAAGUAUCACCAUGGGAACUACUCCAACUACCCAGGCCACUGCAAGUAUCACCAUGGCAACUACUGCAACUACCCCGGCCACUGCAAGUAUCACCAUGGGAACUACUCCAUCUAUCCCAGCCACUGCAAGUAUCACCAUGGGAACUACUCCAACUACCCCGGCCACUGCAAGUAUCACCAGGGCAACUACCCCGGCCACUGCAAGUAUGACCAUGGGAACUACUCCAACUACCCCGGCCACUGCAAGUAUGACCAGGGCAACUACCCCGGCCACUGCAAGUAUCGCCAUGGGAACUACUCCAACUACCCCGGCCACUGCAAGUAUCACCAUGGGAACUACUCCAACUACCCCGGCCACUGCAAGUAUCACCAUGGGAUCUACUCCAACUACCCCGGCCACUGCAAGUAUCACCAGGGCAACUACCCCAACCACUGCAAGUAUCACCAUGGGAACUACUCCAACUACCCCAGGCACUGCAAGUAUCACCAUGGGAACUACUCCAACUACCCCGGCUACUGCAAGUAUCACCAUGGGAACUACUCCAAUUACCCCGACCACUGCAAGUAUGACAGGCGCAACUACCCCGGCCACUGCAAGUAUCACCAUGGCAACUACUCCAACUACCCCGGCCACUGCAAGUAUCACCAUGGGAACUACUCCAACUAUCCCGGCCACUGCAAGUAUGACCAUGGGAACUACUCCAACUACCCCGGCCACUGCAAGUAUCACCAGGGCAACUACCCCGGCCACUGCAAGUAUGACCAUGGGAACUACUCCAACUACCCCGGCCACUGCAAGUAUGACCAGGGCAACUACCCCGGCCACUGCAAGUAUCGCCAUGGGAACUACUCCAACUACCCCGGCCACUGCAAGUAUCACCAUGGGAACUACUCCAACUACCCCGGCCACUGCAAGUAUCACCAUGGGAACUACUCCAACUACCCUGGCCACUGCAAGUAUCACCAGGGCAACUACCCCGGCCACUGCAAGUAUGACCAUGGGAACUACUCCAACUACCCCGGCCACUGCAAGUAUCACCAUGGCAACUACUCCAACUACCCCGGCUACUGCAAGUAUCACCAUGGGAACUACUCCAACUACCCCGGCCACUCCAAGUUUCACCAUGGGAACUACUCCAACUACCCCAACCACUGCAAGUAUGACCAGGGCAACUACCCCGGCCACUGCAAGUAUCGCCAUGGGAACUGCUCCAACUACCCCGGCCACUGCAAGUAUCACCAUGGGAACUACUCCAACUACCCCGGCCACUGCAAGUAUCACCAUGGGAACUACUCCAACUACCCCGGCCACUGCAAGUAUCACCAUGGGAACUACUCCAACUACCCCAGCCACUGCAAGUAUCACCAGGGCGACUACUCCAACUACCCCGGCCACUGCAAGUAUCACCAUGGGAACCACUCCAACUACACAGGCCACUGCAAGUAUCACCAUGGGAACUACUCCAACUACCCCGGCCACUGCAAGUAUCACCAGGGCAACUACUCCAACUACCCCGGCCACUGCAAGUAUCACCAUGGCAACUACACCAACUAUCCUGGCCACUGCAAGUAUCACCAUGGCAACUACACCAACUAUCCUGGCCACUGCAAGUGUCACCGUGGCAACUACUCCAACUACCCCGGCCAUUGCAAGUAUCACCAGGGCAUCUACUCCAAAUACCUUGGCAACUGCAAAAAUCACCAUGGCAACUACUCCAACUACCCUGGCCACUGCAAAUAUCACCAUGGCAACUGCUCCAACUACCCUGGCCACUGCAAGUAUCACUAUGGGAACUACCACGACUAACUCGCCUACUGGUGGUCCAUCAGCUUCUACUGCACGGGCGUCGUCAACAGCAACGGACACAGCGACCUCCACUACACAAAGCAUAAUGGCUACACCCACCGCAUCAUCAGAGACGACAAUGUCUUCAACAGCCGCCAUG